AUGGGUUUCCGCAGCGGCUUUGUCAUUUCGAGCACUUCGUUCCUCUUUGGAAUCAUCUUCAUUGCGUCGAUCUACGACUUUCCGCUGCUGUACUUCUCGUCGCUCUCGGACUCGGCCGUGGAGGCGGCAGAGCGCUUCUACCUCUCGCUCUUCCAUGCGCCCGUCGCCGUCUCGGCGCUUCUGCACGGCAUGAUCGGCCUUGGCCUCAUCGGCCUCGUUGCCAAGCUCCACCGCUGGAGCGAGAUGGCCAAGUACUUUGACGGCGGCUCGCUCGUCCUCUUCAUGGGCGCCGUCUGCAUGUACCUCGGCGUGGCCGUGCCAAACCUUCGCCUCAUCUCGGACCCCACCAACCUCAAGCUCCUCCUCUCGUCGGCCAUCCAGACCCAGCGCCAGUCGCAGCUCGAGGCUUUCGAAAAGGGCGAGUCCGACUUCAAGCCCUCGGACGGCCCCAUGACACAGGACGAGAGGGUUGCUGCUAUCCGAAUCGUCUCGGCCAGCAACAGCAUUUGCGCCGUCCUCCUCCUCGGCGUGCUCGUUCUUCAGAUCAGCGAGUGGUACCUCGAGCGCCAGGAGGCCAUCGAGGCCGAGAACAGGCGCAAGAAGCAGGCCAAGGAGCUUGCCGAUGCCAAGAAGGACAAGUGA